GGCGGCGACGAGUGAAUGGAGGCCUCGGCCCGGGGCCGGGUGCGGCGGGGCAGGAGGCGGGCUCGGGAUGCGGGCUCUCGGCUCUCCGGUCCCGCUGUCCUCCUCGUCCUCUCCGCCUUCCUUGUGCGUGCGCCCCCGUCAGUUGGCUAUUUGAUACGAUUACCAAGAGGAUUUCAUUUGUCCCAAGAUUUGGUGAAAAUAGUGGGAUCAACAAAUUUUCCAGUAAGAGUAUAUGUCAUGCUCCAUCAAAGAAGUCCACAUGUGUUAUGUGCAACCCAACAACUGCGAAAUGAGGAACUGAUAGACCCAUCAUACCAAUGGCACGGGCCAAGAGGUAAAAUUGUUUCAGAAAACAGCUCUAUACAAGUAACAUCCACAGGAAGCCUUGUAUUCCAGAACUUCGAGGAGGCUAUGAGUGGAGUUUACACAUGUUUCCUUGAGUAUAAGCCUACUGUGGAAGAAGUUGUUAAAAAUCUUCAACUAAAAUAUCUUGUGUAUGCUUAUCGUGAGCCUCAUUAUUAUUACCAGUUCACAGCUCGAUAUCAUGCAGCUCCCUGCAAUAGCAUCUAUAAUAUUUCUUUUGAGAAGAAGCUUCUUCAAAUUUUAAGCAAAUUGGUUCUUGACCUUUCAUGUGAAAUUUCCUUACUUAAAUCAGAAUGCCAUCGUGUUAAAAUGCAAAGAGCUGGUUUGCAAAAUGAAUUGUUCUUUACAUUUUCAGUUUCAUCUCUAGACACUGAAAAAGGACCCAAGCCAUGUAAAGAUCCUAAUUGUGAAUCUUCCAAAAGACUUUCUAAGGCUAAAAAUCUCAUAGAGAGAUUUUUUAAUCAACAAGUAGAAGUUCUAGGCAAACGUGCAGAGCCAUUGCCUGAAAUAUACUAUAUUGAAGGUACCCUCCAAAUGGUUUGGAUUAAUCGCUGCUUUCCAGGGUAUGGAAUGAAUGCCCUUAUACAUCCAAAGUGUCCUGAGUGCUGUGUUAUCUGCAGUCCUGGAUCUUAUAAUCCCCGUGAUGGAAUUCAAUGCCUUCAGUGCAAUAACAGCCUGGUAUAUGGAGCAAAAGCAUGCUUGUAGCACAUUAUUUUGAAUUCCUCAGUGAUUUAUUAAACACACAAAAAUUUUUUGAAAAAUGUAUAUAAUCAGUAUUAUGCCAAAAUUAAAUAUAUUAGAUUUUACAAAAUAUGGUGUCAUCAUUUUACUCAAACACAGUAUGUUCAGAUGCUUUGUGAAGGUGAACACCUGUAUUCUUUUUCUAUUUAUGCCAGACCUACAUGUGACUCCAAAAUAUCUUUUGUAUCACUGCUUUUUAAAAAUGCUUUCAAAUAUACUAUAUAGGGUUACUUCAAAGGAUUUUUGAAGAUUUGUUCAAUUAUGUAGGCUGGAUUUGGGCCACCAUAUUCUUCUGUAGUCAAUUUCAUUUCAGCUAGUUUCAUUCCUUUGAUUUAAUUUUAUGGGAUUUUAUUCCUUCUAUAGAAUUUGAACUUUCACAGUUCAAAGUCAUUUUUAAACACUGGGGGUCUAAUUAUUGCAAUUUUUAGCCUCUUUAGUGUAAGACCUACCUCUAAGCACACCUUGGGUUUUUAAUAUGGUUCAGUGUGGCUAUCUUAAAACUUUGCAGUUUAACGUCGUUUAAAGUACCUUUUUGACAUUUUAGAAUGGAGAAAUCAUUGCAUUAGCCCAUGUUAAUGUUUGAGCUUUCUCAGUGAAGAGAGAGUGGCUAAGAAUCAAACAAUUAUCACAAUCUUUGUUUCAUUGCUUUCACUAUUAAAAUGAGUAUUAUACGAUAGCUGUUACUACUGCUACAACUACUACUGUCUCUCACAUUAGGACGUUAUAUUUGGAUAUGAAUAAUUGCCAUAAAAUUUAAUAUUUAAAUAUCAUGAAAAUACAUUAAAGUAUAUAUAUCAGUAUUAUGUCAAAAUUAAAUACAUUAGAUUUUACAAAAUAUGGUGUCAUCCUACUGAUAUGUCAAAAUUAGUAGGUUCUCAAUUUUUUAAGUACUGUUUUAUUAUAUUUACAUUAACUUUACUGUCUGAUAUCCACUGUUUUGGUCUUCAUAUCUUUUUUCUUAAAACAAACAUUUAUAAAUGGAAAUAAAGAAGUUGGAUGUAGGCAAAAUUGUGCAAUAUGUUGACAAGCAAAGACUACUUAUACCUAGGAUCCAGUGUGGCUUUUAAAACUGGCCAGUUAAUGUAAGCUGAGAGUUCUAACACAUAUACAAAGGGACGAAAAAUGACAUGUAGCUCUAUUUGUUUAUGAGCACUAUUUAAAAAAUCUCUUUAGGCUUUCAGAACUAUAAUUGUUUUCAUAUAACUUCUGGAGGUUUUUCAAGUGCCUGUUUUUCCUCUAAUAAGUACAGUGAUAUAUUGAACUUCACACUGUUUGGGUGAGUUAUUGUUCUUCUCUAAUUAACUAGCAUACGUAUUAUGUAACUAGUAAAAAAACCAUCUAUCAGUACAUGUCUUUCUGAGUUUUUUCAAAUUUAUUAGUUGUAUAAUAAUGAUAAAUUGGAAUGAAUAUUCUUUCCUUUGUACUGAAAAGUUAGGUGCUUUGUACCUGUUUGGCUAACUUAUUUUCUAUUAAAAAAAAAUUGAGUAAUUUGAUUUAUGAUACAUUUUACUGAGCAUGAACAUCUUUAGAUCAGUAGCUAGUCAGCCUGAGAAAGCAAAACCAGUUAUAAUGGCAGUGAUAAGCACUGGUGAUGACGGUCAGAUCAAGAAGAGAUAGAUGGUAGAUAAGGGUAGAUAAAAAGGAGGAUGAUUAUCAAAAUUAUAUAUUUUACCUUAUGAAGGCAGACUGGAAAUAAGACCACAUAAAUAUCAGAAGGUAGACCAAGGUAAGAUUAACAAAGUCCGUGCAAAGAGAACAAUCUGUAGAAAUUGAAACAGAGGACAAAACAGGGAAGGAAAGAAAGUAUUCAUUGCUUCUCUUUCUGGGUCCCCAUAGUGAAAUGUACCUCGCUGUAUUGCACCACUUAUCACAUUUAUUUUUGUUUGUUAUGUAUCUAUCUGUCAUCCACAUUCAAUUAUACUAGUAUAUUCCUGGGUUCCUAGUCUUUAAUAUAUUUUUAAAAAUUAAUAGAAUAUUAAUGUUUUCAAAGUAUAAAUCCUUCAAUAAGACAAAAAUUGUUUCUAUUACAUUAACAAACAGGAUGUAAAAUGUAGUUGUUUAAAAUGAUAACAAUAUAUAUGAUAUAAAUUAUAAACUAAUGCCCAAGAGAUUAUUGUCAUAAAGCAAUUUUGUGUUUAUCAUUUUUGUUUGAAUCAAAAUAUCUUACACUUAUAUAAUACAUUAAUUUUCACAGAACAUUUUUAAAAAUUGCGUUGACCUGUAAAGGUAGCAGGGCAUAUAUGAUUCCCAUAUUGUGUUUUACUAAUAAAAUUUUUUCUCAUGAAUGUGUAAUAGGUGUUCAUUUGGCAACAUGUAAAAAGCACCUUAGCAAUUUCAGUCCAUUAACCUCACUUAAAGAAAACUAUCCUAAAAAAGUAAAUCAGAUG